CAUCCCCUCUUGCUCUCUUACCAUCUUCCUCCCCGUUUCUCCCCACACCUCGUCUCGCGCUUCAAUAUGGUUGCGUCCAGUGUUCUCGGUUUCCCUCGCAUCGGUGGCAACCGUGAGGUGAAGAAGGCUGUCGAGGCCUACUGGGGCCGCCGCCGAUGUCGCAAGACUAGCUGGACCAGCCUCAAGGAGCGCGGCGUCGACCUCAUCCCGAGCGGUGACUUCUCUCUCUACGACCACGUUCUCGACCACUCGGCUGCGUUCAACGUCAUCCCCAAGCGCUACUCCGGUCACAGCCUUUCCGCCCUCGAUGUCUACUUCGCCAUGGGCCGUGGACGUCAGGCGGACGGUGUUGACGUCCCUGCCUGCGAGAUGAAGAAGUGGUUUGACUCCAACUACCACUUCGUCGUCCCCGAGUUCUCGGAUGAGACGGACUUCAAGCUCAACUUCAACAAGGCCCUUGAGGAGUACAACGAGGCGAAGGCCCUUGGCAUCGUCACGCGCCCCGUCGUCCUCGGGCCUGUCUCCUUCCUCACCCUCGGCAAGGCCGCCAAGGAGGCGAAGCCCGCGGCUGCUCGCGACUUGAAGGCUGCCGGUGUUGAGUCUGUUCAGGUUGACGAGCCUGUGCUCGCUUACUCUGAGCUCGUUCCCGUCUCCCCCAAGAUUGUGCUCGCUACCUACUACGGCCGCCUCGCCUCUAACCUCACCUUCGUGGCGAACUCCCGUUUUGCUGCCCUGAAGCCCACCACUCAAGUUUUGUCCCUUGGUGUCGUCUCCGGCCGUAACAUCUGGAAGGCGGAUCUCGAUGCUGGCAUCGCCUUGGGCCAAAGGCCAUCUCUGUCCUCGGCUCACUGUCAGCAGAAGGACUGGUUCUCCUUUGCUCUCGAGAAGGCGGAGGAAGUCGCCGUGCUCGCUGCUACCUCUCUGGCUCUCAGGACCCAAGGCUCCUCCGCUCUCGCAGCGAACAAGGCCUCCAUUGCCAAGCGUCGCGAGUUCGAGCGCACCUCUGACGAUGCAGUCAGGAAGCGGAUCCGCUCUGCUCGUGCCAAAUUCAACAAGAAGCAGAUCACCGAGGCCGAGUACGAGGAGUUUAUCAAGAAGGAAAUCGAGUACGUUGUCCGCUUCCAGGAGCGCAUCGGCCUCGACCUGCUCGUGCACGGUGAGCCCGAGCGUAACGACAUGGUGCAAUAUUUCGGCGAGCAGUUCCAGGGCUUCGUCUUCACGCAGAACGGCUGGGUUCAGUCGUACGGCUCCCGCUACGUCCGUCCCCCCAUCAUCGUCUCCGACGUCAGCCGCCCUGGUCCCGUUACGGUCAAGUGGAGCAGCUACGCGCAGAGCGUCACUUCGAAGCCGAUGAAGGGUAUGCUUACGGGCCCUGUCACGAUUCUCAACUGGUCCUUCCCUCGUGCCGAUAUCUCCCGUGAGCUCCAGUGCAUGCAGCUCGCACUCGCGCUCCGCGACGAGGUCAUCGACCUCGAGAAGGCCGGCAUCAAGGCCGUCCAGGUCGACGAGCCCGCGCUCCGCGAGGGUCUUCCCCUUCGCAAGGCCGACUGGGAUGAGUACCUCAAGUGGGCGCUGCCGUCGUUCAAGCUGUCCACCGCGGGCGUGACCGACAACCUCCAGACGCACUCGCACUUCUGCUACUCCGACUUCGACGACAUCUUCCCGUCGAUCCAGGCGCUCGACGCGGACGUCAUCUCGAUCGAGGCAUCGAAGAGCGACAUGAAGCUGCUCACGACGUUCAAGCAGUACGGCUACUCGAACCAGAUCGGCCCCGGUGUGUACGACAUCCACUCGCCGCGUGUCCCGGGCGAGCAGGAGAUCAAGGACCGUAUCGCGGCCAUGCUCGAGAUCCUGCCCGAGGACCUGCUCGUCAUCAACCCUGAGACCGAGGCUUCCCUCGUGAACCUCGUCAACGCUGCCCGCUGGGCCCGCCAGACCAACGCGUAAACGCGAUCUGCAUUGCGCUUCAACAGCGCCCGCAUGGUGGCCAUGUAGUGACCGGCGUGCCGCCCUCUCAACGAGGCCGCGCUGUGUUCGUGACCCAGGGUAUCUAAGCUGUAGCGACAAAACUUCGGGCAGGCGGCCUGGAGACACUUCGCCGACGUUGUGUCGGGCGGGUCGGUCUGGACGGACGCGAGGGCCUGCUUGGCGUGGCGAACGGCGGGGAUGCGUAACGAAGGAGUAUUAAGUCGUGUCUAUGUAUGUGUGGUGUGUAGUGGUUGCAUUCGGAUUUCAACAAUCCCGAAUAUAUGCGCUUCAACGGCGUCGUUGUCUAUGCA